AUUAACAUCGGGGGCUAAACUUUCACAAUUGCAACAUCUGGACACGAGCCCAACUUCCAAUUCCUUCUACGAACGACGACUAGAGCUACAAAAGAUUUCCGCGAGCUUUUUCCUUCAGCUCUGGUGGGAUCCUAUAUCCGACAAUGCAUCGUUCUUCCAUAUCAACAGGAAUAUUGCAGUGCUAAUUUUAUAUUCACCGGUGUGUGUUUGGUAAUCAUGCACAGUUGUUGAACAGCAUUGCCAUGCAAACCUGUGCUAACAAGGUGUGUAACAAGGAAAGCUUUUGGGGAUUGAUGCGAUGUCUGCAUCUAGUAAAUAUGAUCUCACUUCCAGUAGCCCUGAUAGGCCGUUAUAUGGAUCCGCACAUCGUGGAUCCUACGGAGUCAUGUCACUUGACAAAACAGGUAAUAUGGACAACCCAAUGUCAUCUUCUCUUGCAAACAUGGGAAGAAGCAGUUCAGGUGCAACGCAGGGAGAUGUUGUCAAAUUCUUUCAGUGCUUACGCAUUGAUCCAAAAGCAUUGGUUACUGAACACAAACUCAGACAAAUAGAUUAUAAGCGUCUUACAAGUCUAUCGCUUGGUGUACCCCUGGACGAUUCUCCAUCCGUGUCUUCAAAAGGAAAAACACUAUCUUCUUCCUCACCCGAGGAUGGUAGACGGCUAAAAUUAAGUCUUCGAGAUGGUUGCAUCAAGGCUAGGGAACGUGUGAAGAUAUUCUAUGAAUCUUCAUCUGUGUUCAGCAAAUGUUUCCCUAAUGUUCCAACCAGGAAAAGAUCUCGCUCAGAUGUCUUAUCCAAUGACAGAAAUAUUGCUUCGUUUUCAACUGAGCGUCCACUUUCUGGGACAAGCAUUAGUAAGAUAGGGACCCAGAAUCAUAGCAUUAUCGGUGGGUUUGAAGUAGAGCAGCAAAAGUCAGAUGAAAGGGCAAAAACUGUUAUUCCAAGCAAACGUACCCGAACUUCUAUGUCUGAAGUACGACCAAACACUCUUGCAAGACCGUCAGGUAACCUUGAUAGGGAUAGGGACUUGAGGCUUCCCAACAAUAACUCCAUCCAUGGUGAAGAUAGAACAUCAACACCAAUUGCCAUAGAAGGUUGGGAGAAAUUAAGGAUGAAGAAGAAGCGUUCUGGAAUAAAGCCGGACAUGUCUGGGGGCUCUGCUGCAGCUAAACCAGUUGAUGGAUACCGAGAAUCAAAACAAGGAAUGCAGUCACGACUUUCAACUGAUGUUCGUUCUAGGUUGAAUGAUAACCACAAUUUCAGGAAUGGAACUACUACAGGGAGUGUUGGACUGGGAAAAACUGAUGCAACCUCUCCACAAGCUUCUCUUGCUAUGCGUUCUUCAUUUUCCAAGGCUGAGCUGGAUAAUGGUUCUCUCCAUGAUAGAAGAGAUCGUCCAAUUGGUUCAGAGAAAGAAAGGACAAAUGUUAGAGCUGUCAACAAUGCCACCAAGACAACUGCUCGAGAAGAUCUAAGCUCAGGAAGCCCUACCUCUAGUGCAAAGUUGAAUGGCGCUCCUCGGGCUCCACGGUCAGGCGUAGGUGUUGGACCAAAAUUGGGCCCUAUGGUUCAACAUGCUGGAGUUGCUAAUGAUUGGGAAGUUUCUCAUUGUACAAACAAACUUCCGUUGACUUCCGCGGCCGGUAACCGUAAGCGUACGUCUACAGCAAGGUCGUCAUCACCACCUGUGGGUCAGUGGGCUGGCCAGCGACCCCAAAAAAGCUCUCGAACAGCUAGAAGAACUAAUUUUCCCAGUGUUCCGAAUAAUGCUGAAACGCCUGUCUCAGAAAAUUCUGCUGAGGCGGUGGGUAAUGAAAGACGGUUGUCUGGCUCUUCUCCUCAGCAGUUUAAAUUAAGAAGUGACAACUUCUCAGCUGCAUCUGGAAGUGAGGAGUCUGGCGUUGCUGAAACCAAGUCCAAAGAUAAAAGCAAGAGGUCUGAUGAAGUGGAUGGAAAGAUCGGAGUGAAUACCCAAAAGAUGUCAACUUUGCUGCUACCACCAAGAAAAAAUAAGUUGGUAGGUGGGGAUGAACACAGCGAUGGUGUACGAAGGCAAGGGAGGUCCAAUCGUAGUUUUACGUCAAGUGGGUCUCUUACACCGUUAACCGUAGAAAAGCUUGGGAAUGUGGGAACUGCUAAACAACUGAGAAGUUCGAGACAUAGUUUUGAUAAAUCCGAGAGCAAAGCAGGUCGCCCACCCACAAGGAAGCUCUCUGAUCGCAGAGCUUAUCAACGUCAGAAGCAUUCAACUAUUAAUGCAGCAGCUGAUUUUUUAGUUGGUUCCUAUGAUGGACAAGAUGAGUUACUGGCUGCUGCAAGUGAUGUUACCAACACGGCUCAAGCGCUUUCCAGCCCAUUCUGGAAGCGGAUGGAGUCGCUUUUUCGCUUUAUUUCAGACUUAGAUAUCACCUUUUUGAAUCAACAGGUAAAUAGUAGAAAAUUUGUGGCUACGCCAGCCCCAAUAGUUACUGCAGCUAGCAAGUUGGUUAUGCUUCCAAAUGGGGUUGACAGAGAUGGGGAUGAAGCAAGGAGUGUUGAAUUUAGUUUGGAGCAUGGCGUUUCAGGAACAACAAAGGCUGCCCCGAUUUCCCUAUAUCAGAGACUGAUGGCUGCGCUAAUACCUGAAGAAGCAAGUGAAGAAUUAUCAUGCAGUGGAACUGAAGAUCCCAAGUUCAAUGUGUACCAGCCUAUAUCUGAUCUGGACAUGGAUUCAGAAUUGGAUAUACUGCAUAGAAGAACAACAUACAACACUGAUUCAAGACACCUAGCUUCUAAUGGCUAUAGGAAAUAUGCUAAUGGAAAAUCAUUUGAUGAGAGGGACCAUAGUACGCCAGAUUGUAGCAUUAGACCUGUUAGAGAGAGAGAGUUUUUAUCAGACUGUAAUCAUACCCAAAAUGGCCUACUGCUAGACGAAGUAAUGAUGUCUGAUGUUUUCUGUACUGAAUAUCAGUAUAAUAAAAUGUCAAUUAAUGAGAGACUUCUCCUGGAGGUCCAAUACAUUGGAAUCUACCCGGAACCAGAUAGUGGCAUGGCACAGGACGGAGAUGAAGAAAUUAGUGGUGAUAUCAGAAAACUAGACCAGAAGUAUCAGGAACUGGUUUUGGAAAAGAAUGAUAUGCUGCACAAACUGCUGGACUCGGCUGAUAAGACAAGAGCGUGUCAAGAGAAGGAUUUUGAACAGCUUGCUUUUGACAAACUUGUAGAGAUGGCAUAUAAAAAAUAUAUGGCUUGCUGUGGUCGCAAUGUGCAUGGAAUGAAAAGUGGGAAAAUGGCCAAACAAGCUGCAUUAGCGUUUGUUAAGCGGACAUUGGAAAGAUACGAAGAAUUCGAGGAGACUGGUAAGAGCUGCUUUAAUGAGUCCUUGUUUAAGGAAAUGUUCUUCUCUGGGAUAUCCCAGUUUUGUGAUGGACAAAUAGAUCUGAUCACCGAUGGUGAACCUGGCAGUUCUGGGGAUGCUAGACCUUCAGGUUCUAUGGGCAAACAGCAGAGCCCAUCUCCGAAUCAUGAAGUAUUUACUGAAGGAAAUUUAGCUAUUGAUGCGAAUAGGGUCAAAAGGAGAGAGUUGUUUCUGGACGAUGUUGGUAAUAAGAUUGGUACAUCAGGCAUGCUUUUAAGCACUGCAAAAGGAAAGAGGAGUGAGAGGGACAGAGAUGGGAAAGGAAAUAACAGAGAGGUCCUAUACAGAAAUGGAUCUAACAAAAUUGGUCGGCCUGCGUCUGCCAAUGUUAGGGGAGAAAGGAAGCCUAAAGCAAAACCCAAGCAGAAAACUACUCAGCUCUCUACUUCUCUCAACAAUCUAGUUGGCAAUACCCCGGAGCAAUCCAAGCCAACUGGACCUUCAAUAACAAAACCAAUUGAGUUGAGCACAAUAAGCACGGCCAAGGAUAAUAAGGAUUGUGAAUCUGAAGAACUGGAGGAACCCAUUGAUUUAUCUAGCCUACAACUCCCUGGAAUGGAUGUCUUAGGCGUUCCUGAUGAUCUCGGUGGCCAAGGACAGGAUAUAGGAUCUUGGUUGAACUUUGAUGAUGAAGGAUUACAAGAUCAUGAUUUUGUGGGGCUUGAGAUUCCAAUGGACGAUCUCGCCGACUUGAAUAUGAUGGUUUAAUGAUGCUCGCCAGAUUUGUUGUAUAUUAUACGCUCACACUGAAGAAACCUCGUUGUUGUUGUUGUUGAGAAUGUCCAGAUACACACACACUUGGGGUCGGUCAUACAAACUCUUACACCCGGCAUUAGGGAUAUACAUUCUUUUAAACAAUGAAGCACAAAGUGGACUUCUCUAAAUCCGCUGGGGGGUUCCUUUUGAAGUUUAUGACCACGACUGUAAAAAUCUUCUUUUUUGUACACCAUCAAAAGUAGUGUCUUAGUUAUAUAGUGCCCAAGGAAAAAGGCUGUAUUUUAUUUGUUUUUUAGCAAUAUAGGCCAGAGAACACCAUCCAUCUUCUGUAUAUAAGUUAACUUUUCAAUAAAAGAAUCCCAUUUAU